UAAUUAACAAAAACUUGUUGAAACAGUAAGGGAAUUCAGCAAGAAACAAUGUUAAUGUAUAAAACCCAACAGCUUUCCUAUAUCUACACCUGCAGCUCCCAUCUUCCACCCCGGUAGAACCUCCACGCUGGGAUCGAGGGGCGUCAGGGCAGGCUCAGGGGUUGUGGAUCUGGUGGCCAUAAAGGAAUAGGGUGGAGGUCCCAGGUAAAAUUGUAACUUACUGCUAUAUAAUUUCAAUCCUAAAUACUUGGGUAGUCAUGCCUUUUCUUUUACAAAAUCAAUUUCCUAUAUAACUCCAGAAUUUUUUCACUCUUCACCCAAGUAACGUAAUUUUAAUAUUUUCAAUAUCCAAUCCGUAUUCAAGUUCCCUAAUUGUCUCAAAAUUGCUUACAAAAAAAAUACUGUUUGAAUCGGAAGCCAGUAGAAGGCCCCGCUUUGAGGUUGGCUGUAGAGUUCAAGUUUAACCCUUACCCUCUUCAAUGGGACGGAACCUGGGCAGGAGACUUUUUUCUAAACGGAAACCCAACGGUGACGUCAAACGUAACACGGAGGUCCACGGGAAAUAUAGUCUAGAAUCUCUCGGUUGGCCGCUCGGCGUCUUUUGCGCGUGUGCAGCCGUAGCCCCGCUUCCUCAUUGGUCCUUUCUGGCGCCUAGCAAGGGGUCUGGGAGGUCCGGAUCUGCUGAGAGAGUGAAGGGUGAGCGCCUGGGGCCCAGAGGCCCCAUGCCUACAGGGAGGAUGAUCCCCAACUGGAGUGCUGAGCUUUUCGGAGGUGAAUCAAGGAGCUGCAAGGCAGCUGGGUCUCGCAAGCCCUGUUCCCUUUCUGUCCCCUCAGCUGAGCCACAGCUUUCUACACUCUUCCCAGAGCUGCAGAAAAUGAACAUACCUCAGGGGUCAGUGUCAUUCAAGGACGUGACUGUGGAGUUCACCCAGGAGGAGUGGUGGGCCCUCGGCCCUGCGCAGAGGACCCUGUACAGAGAUGUCAUGCUGGAGAACUACAGCCACCUCGUCUCAGUGGGGUGCUGCUUUACAAAACCAGAACUGAUCUUCACAUUGGAACACGUAGAAGAUCCAUGGUUAUUAAAGAAAGAAUUUCCAGGCAGAAGUUCUCAAGAAGAAUCCCAACCUGAUCAAUUCUCAGAGAAGAGCCUAGAAAACCAAGGCAAACAUUUGUGGCAAGUUUUAUUCACCAACAAAGCAUUGACUACAGAGCAAGAAAUUUUGGGAAAACCAUGUAACCUGGCUAUAAACAUUUUUCCUGCCAGAUCAGUGCCAUCUAAAUUUAACACUACAAGACCUUACUUGUGUCUCAGCUCACUGGCCUCACACUGUCAGUGUUCAAGAGAGAAGGCUCAUGAACUUAAUGUAUGCGAAAAAUGGCUCCUCAGUAUUAAGGAAAGCAGAAGUAAAAGUGGAGAGAAACCUUUUAUUUAUAGAAAAAAUGUGAAAGCCUUUAGUCAUAAAGAGGAAGAUGUUCCACAUCAGACAAUUCAGACUUUACAGCAAGCAUUUGAAUAUAAUGAAUGUGGAAAAGUUUUCCUUAAAGAGACCUCCCUCAGUUCAUCUAAGAGUACCCACCGAAAAGUGAAAUUACAUAAAUUCAGUAAGUCUGGGGAAAAACAAUGUGAUAAAUCAACACUGAUAGUCUCUCAUGGCAGUAAUUCAGAGAAGAGUCACUGUGAGUUUAAUGAAUAUGAGUAUACUGAAAACAGAAAUAAUUUGAGUAGGAUCACUCAAAGAACUGACCCAGAAGGGAAAUCUUUAAGCCAAACAUCACACAUUAGAGAACAUCAGAAAAUUCAUACAGAGGUGAAACCUUUUGAACAUGGAAAUAGUUUCCACCAUAAUUCAGCCCUCCCAGUACAUCAGAGAACUCACAUGAGAGACAAAUCCUCUGAUUAUGACACAUGUACCAAGACAUUGGGUUACCAGUCAACUUUAAAUGUACAUCACAGAACUCACAUAGCAGUAAGAAGCUAUGAGUGUAAUGAAUGUGGAAAAUCCUGCUCUACGAAUUCACACUUAAUUCAGCCUCAGGAAAGCCACACAGGGGAGAAACCCUAUGAAUGUCAUGAAUGUGGGAAAGCUUUCAGUGAGAAGUCACGUCUAAGAAAACAUCAGAGAACUCACAUAGGAGAAAAGCCCUAUAAAUGUGAUGAAUGUGAGAAAGCUUUCAGUGCAAAGUCAGGUCUAAGAGUACAUCACAGAACUCAUACAGGGGAGAAACCCUUUGAAUGUAAUGAAUGUGGGAAAUCUUUCAACUACAAGUCAAUCCUCAUAGUACAUCAGAGAACUCACACAGGGGAGAAACCUUUUAAAUGUAAUGAAUGUGGGAAAUCUUUCAGCCACAUGGCAGGCCUAAGGAAUCAUCAGAGAACUCACACUGGAGAAAGACCAUAUAAAUGUGAUGAAUGUGGGAAGGCUUUUAAACUGAAGUCAGGUCUAAGAAAACAUCAUAGAACUCACACAGGGGAGAAGCCCUAUAAAUGCAAUCAAUGUGGGAAAGCUUUUGGUCAGAAAUCACAACUCAGAGGACAUGAUAGAAUUCACACAGGGGAGAAACCCUACAAAUGUAAUCAUUGUGGGGAAGCUUUUAGCCAGAAAUCAAACCUGAGAGUACAUCACAGAACUCACACUGGGGAGAAACCCUAUAAAUGUGAUGAGUGUGGGAAAACUUUCAGGCAGAAAUCAAACCUCAGAGGACAUCAAAGAACUCACACUGGGGAGAAACCCUAUAAAUGUAAUGAGUGUGGAAAAGCUUUCAGUGAGAAGUCAGUUCUAAGAAAACAUCAGAGAACUCACACAGGAGAGAAGCCCUAUAAUUGUAAUCACUGCGGAGAAGCUUUCAGCCAGAAAUCAAACCUCAGGGUACAUCAGAGAACUCACACAGGGGAGAAACCCUAUAAAUGUGAUAAAUGUGGGAAAACUUUCAGUCAGAAAUCAAGCCUUAGAGAACAUCAGAAAGCCCAUAGGGAAUUAAACAUUCAUACUGGAGAGAAAUUUUAUGAACAUAAUAGAAAGGGGAAAGCCAUCAGUUACAAGAAAAAGCUUCCUGACCAUCAGAAAACUCACUCUGAGGUAAAACGCUAUAAAUGUAAUGAAUGUGGAAAAUCCUUCUGUCAAAAAGGGCAUCUCAUUCAACAUCUGAGAACUCACACUGGAGAGAAGCCAUUUGAAUGUAAUGAAUGUGGAAAAACUUUCUCCCAGAAGUCACACCUCAGUACACAUCAGAGAAUUCACACAGCAGAGAAACCCUAUAAAUGUAAUGAAUGUGGGAAAACAUUUGUCCAGAAAUCAACCCUCAGGGGACAUCAGAGAAUUCAUACAGGAGAGAAACCCUAUGAAUGUAACGAAUGUAGGAAAACUUUUGUUCAAAAGUCAACCCUCAGAGAUCAUCAUAGAAUUCACACAGGGGAAAAAUCUUUUCAGUGUCAUGAGUGUGGGAAAACUUUUGGCCAAAAGUCAAACCUCAGAAUACAUCAGAGAACUCACAGUGGUGAGAAAACUUACCAAUGUAAUGAAUGUGAAAAAUCCUUCUGGCGAAAAGACCAUCUCAUUCAACAUCAGAAAACACACACAGGUGAGAAACCAUUUAAAUGUAAUGAAUGUGGGAAAACUUUCGCCCGGACAUCAACCCUCAGAGUGCAUCAGAGAAUUCACACUGGGGAGAAACCAUUUAAAUGUAAUGAAUGUGGGAAAAAAUUUGUCCGGAAGGCAAUCCUUAGUGAUCAUCAGAGAAUUCAUACAGGGGAGAAACCCUUUCAAUGUAAUAAAUGUGGAAAAACUUUUGGACAGAAAUCAAAUCUCAGAAUCCAUCAGAGAACUCGGGAGAAAUUUUACAACUGCAGUGAAUACAGAAAAUUGUAUAAGUCAACUCUAAAUGUAUGCCAGGGAAUUCAGGGAAGGGGAAAACCUUACUGAUAUAACUGGAAAAUCUUUCUGGCUAAAGGAUCAGCCCAUAUGACAUCAGAAAAUUCACACAGAAAAGAACCCAUAUAAAUAUGAAUACAGAAAGAAUUUUGUCCAAAAGGCAAUCCUGAGGGUGUAUCAGAGAAUUCACAAUAGCUUCUAAUUUUUUUAAAGUACUAUGGAAAGCCCUUUUUGAAUGAAGUCAUGCCCUUUUCAGUAACUAUCACACAUCACAUGGAUGGGUAAUCUCACUAGUAAGAAUUUAAUUUUUUUCUCUUAAGUAUAUAACUAACCUAAUUUCCCAGUCUCCCUUUCAUCUGAGUGGGGCUUUUUGACUAGCAAGUGCACUCUGGAUGCCCAUGAUGUAUGCCACAAGCAGUUCUGAUAAAUAAAACAUCCCUGGCAGGCUAUCAGGCUCCUCAGAAUAAAAUGGAAAUGGCUUCCAGGACAAUCUUGGGCACCAUGCUAUAACAUAGCAUAGCACAAGAUAAAAGCCUGAAGUUUGUGGAACAGAAUUCUCUUCCAUAUCUUUAUCAUUUGAACAUUUUGUGAGCAAUAAGCAAGCAUAUAUUCUGUUCAGACCCAAACAUGUUUGGGUCUGUUUUUACACAUAAUAUCUGCUAGGAAGCAGAAAAUAUAAGCGAAGCUAAUUUCACCCAGAGAAUGCAAAUCUUAUUACAGGGUUGGUGUGUCAAGGAGUUCCUCAAAAAUCACCAGGAAGUAUGUAAAAAAGGCAUCCUUUCAAUGUAGUGAAAUAUACGGCAUCACCUUAUACAGGUGAAUCUAAGAAGUUGUAAGGUUUGUUUUUUGGUUGGGUGGUGAAGAGCUGUUAAUGCAACUAAAUAAAUGUGGUUUGCUUCAUGACAAGCCACUUUCCCUUCACAUCUGCUACCUUCAUAUACCCCAGCUGCUUUAAGGGGAAAGGGGUUUUUUGGACUCCAAAGGGAGCCCAAGGCCAUUGGCACCCACCUAAGUAUUCUGGGAAAUUUUGAGGAAGGGGAGGGACUUAAGACUUUUAUGGCUCUUUGGUUACAGAUACUCAAGUGAACAUCUUCCCACAGAGGCAGGAGUAUUUCGAUUUAGAUAGUCAUUAGAGCAGGGUUUACAGUAAGGAAGGGAAAUGAAUGUGAUCAUAUGAAUAAGUGGGGCCAGUGCAGUGUACUGUGUUUA